CAAAACGCUGCUCACCGUUUUCAGAUUAAACGUGUCCCUGCUGUCAGUGAGGUCUCACUCUGUUCAACUUUAAUUUGAAAACUUUGAACUUCUGGUUGAACGGAACAUUAGCGUCAUGUUACCAUAGCAACAGAGCAGCUCGGCCGGAGGACGCGGUGUAACACAGCCUUCAUCUUCAUCAGCAUCAUCAGUCUGACCGGAAACAUGUCAUCACCGAGGGUGGGCGUGGUCAGGGACUCCAUGAUGACCAAUCCGCUGCUGAUUAAGGCGUCUCUGGGUCAGACCAGGUCCAGAGGUUUGUCAGUUCCUGGUCCAGAUUUCACUUUUGGAACCAACAGCAGCUCGCUGAGAGAUGGGGGCGUGGCUGAAGCCAGGGCAGUGAAGCCUGCUGGGAGUUGUAGUUUCCAGCCCUGUCCCUGUGCUGUGUCAGUUCUGUCCAGUUGGAGGGUCCAGUCCAGACGAGGAGAGUCUGCUCCACAGCGACCGCUCGUCCCGGACUUCGUGUCUCUGAACCGAGAAGCCGUGAAGUCCGGUCUGGUAACGUCCAAAGAGCUGAGUCAGUACCGGGCCCAGGGGGGCGGGGCCAGGACAAAGCCUCCUGCCCCCAAACAGCAAGAAGGAGGGGCAUCAUGGCGCCCGGCGGUGCCCGACAUCACCUUUGGAGUCACAACAAGGGCGUCAUCUCCGCUGUCAGACCUCCUCUCUCAUCAGUACGCUCGCCGCUGGCUCGACCAACAGCUGAGCAGGAAUCCAACCAGCAACCACAGAGAGCUGCACAGGAUUAAACCAGGCUGUAUUCCAGACACCAGGACCAGUCUGCUGAGGAGAAGCAGAGCUCUGCCUGUCACACAGACACCAUUCAGACUGCCACGCUUCUCACAGGUCCCUCCUGCUCUGGACACUUUCAGGGACCAGGAGGCUCGUCUCCGGGCGCUCAGGGCUCAUCAGUCAGACUCUGUGUCCAGGAGAGGACAUCAGGGUCAGGGGACAUACAGUCUGGACUGACCUGAGGACAAAACAGACUGAACUUCUGUCAGAACAUCUGAACACUAAUGCGAAUAAAACAAUAAAGAGUCAUGAA